UUUUUUUUUUCAUUCCUUUUUGAUUCUUCUCAUUUCGCAUUCACUCAUUCACCACUACCACCACUAUCACCAUGUCUGAUACCAUUGAGCAAUCCGUCGUCGUGCCUUCCUACGGGAUCAAGGAAGAGGCAACCCCCGUCAUCCCCAAGGCCACUAUCGAGGAAACCGCCAUUGCUGUUGCAGAGGAGUUGAUCAAGGAGCAGGAAGAAAAGGCCGCAGAGGAGAACCGCAUUGCUGAAGAAAAGGUGGCUGAGGAGAAGCGCGCCGCUGAGGAGGAGGAGGCACGUGUCGCUGCUGAGGCCAAGGCUGCGGAAGAGAAGGCCGCAGAGGAGAAGCAGAUCACUGAGGAAAACCGCAUUGCCGAGGAGAACCGCAUUGCCGAGGAGAACCGCAUUGCUGAGGAGAACCGCAUUGCUGAGGAAAAGGUUGCUGAAGAGAAGCGCAAGGCCGCAGAAGAGGCUGCUCAUCUGGAGGCGGAAGCCAAGGCUGCUGCUGAGGAGGAGGCUGCUCGUGUCGCAGAGGAGAAGCGUAUUGCUGAGGAAAAGGCUUCUGAGGAGAAGCGCGUUGCUGAGGAGGAAGCUGCUCGUCUUGAGGCUGAGGCUAAACUCAAGGCUGAGGAAGAGGCAACCCGUGUCGCUGCUGAACUCAAGGCUGCAGAGGAGAAAGCCGCCGAGGAAAAGCACGCUGCUGAGGAGGCUGCCCGUAUUGCUGCUGAGAAGGAAGCCGCAGAGUUGAAGGCUGCUGAGGAAGAAGCCGCCCGUAUUGCUGCCGAGGAGAAGCGCAAGGUUGAAGAGGAGGCUGCACGCGUUGCUGCCGAGCUCAAGGCUGCCGAGGAGAAAGCCGCCGAGGAAGAGCACGCUGCUGAGGAGGCCGCUCGUGUUGCUGCUGAGAAGGCCGCUGCAGAGUUGAGGGCUGCCGAGGAGGAGACUAUCCGUGUUGCUGAGGAGAAGAAGCGUCAGGUCGAGGAAGAGGCUGCCCGUGUCGCUGCAGAGGCCAAGGCUGCUGCUCAGAAGCUGGCUGAGGAUCUCAAGGCUAAUGCCGACGCCGAGGCUGCUCUUGUGGCUGCCAACUUGAAGGAGGUUGAGGAGAAGGCUGCCGCUGAGAAGCAGGCUGUUCAAAAGGCCGUGGAGGAGACCGUGGCCGAGGUUUCUGCAAGUGCUACGGAGGUCAAGGACACUGUUGCAGAGAAGGUUACUGGAGCUGUUGCCGAUGUUACCACUGCCGUCGCUGAGGCAUCGACUAAGGUUGCAGACGCCGUCAAGUUGGAGGACGCCCCAGCGGUCACUGCCACGCCUGCACCCGCUGUUGUUGAGGAGGAGGUCAAGCCCACAGUUGCUGAGGAGGAGGUCAAGCCCACAGCUGCUGAGGAGGUCAAGCCUGCUGUCGCUGCUACUUCUACUGCUGCGGCUUCCAAGACUGAGGCUGCGAAGAAGGAGAAGAAGAACAGCAAGGCCUGCGUCAUCAUGUAAAUAUUUCUUUUUUCUACUUUUCUCUUUCUCAUUGACACCUCGUACUCCGUUGUUAUUCACUGCAUCCUGUUCAUCUUUCGAUAAUUCUUCGUGGUCAAAAACACCAUCUCUUUUUUUCCCUGUGUUUCACGGGGGAUAUUCAUGGGGCUAAUAUUCAUCAUACCCAGAUUCCACCACUGUUCAUCGUUAAGGGACAGAUGGCAAAAUAAACAAAAACCAAAUGUACUUUACCGCUCCAACCACGCGAGCACAAACAGGAGAAUCCCGUCCUGUUCCUGAAUCGAAGAUUGUGGACUGUGUGCCUGAAAAUGAUUGGUGGCGUCCCUGUUCCACAGGAUGUGGUGCUACGAAUUCCU